AUCAUACAUGACAUGGAUAAACUAGCAUACAUGAAAUAAAACAUCGCAUACAUGAUCGUUGGUUGUAUCGAAGACAUAAACUCACUCACUAAAUAAAUAGUGGGUGCCAAGAGAAAGAGAUAAUACAAUACAAAAAAAUAUGGAAAGUGUGGAAAGAAGUGGAAGCAGUGAAUGGGAAGGAAAAAUUACAAAGAAAAAGGAGAAGGGAGUACUGUUAGAAGGUUUCGUAGACGCAGAUCUUGCCAGAACAAAAAGCUUAACCGAUGAGGAUCUUGACGAGUUGAAAGGGUGUUUAGAUCUAGGAUUCGGUUUCAGUUACGAUGAGAUUCCUGAACUAUGCAACACUCUUCCUGCACUAGAGUUAUGCUAUUCAAUGUCGGAUUCUUCAUCGUUUGCAAAUUGGAAGAUCUCGAGUCCAGAUUAUGAGAGCGGCUAUAAUGGAUGAAUACUUGUAUAGAUGAACGCCUCUGCAUUUGUAUUUGCUGAGGUAACUAACCUAACUGCAUUUUUUAGUUAUAAUGCUAACUUGUGUCAAUUAUGCUAAUAUCUUCUAGAACCAACCGGAAGAAAGAUGGAGCCCGUUUUUCUUUUUUUGAAGUCAAACAAAUUGUUCCUAUCUGAUUAGAAAUUUUAUUAAUUUGUAUUAAAUUUUUGAAGGAUUUUGUUUUAGAUCUUCUUUGUUUUGCACUAAUAAGGAACUAAAAUUUAGAGCAGAAUUUAUUUUUU